AUGGGUCUCCUUAAUGUUCUGGCUGACCAGGACAUACACGUCGCGGCCGUUGCACUCGUCGCGCAGCUCGCCGUCCUGCUGAGUGGGAGAGGUGGAGACCUUGUAGCCGCAGCGGUGGAGGAAAGUGCCGAGUUUACUGCUUGCAUUAAUGUUCAGAUCCCUCCACUUGCCGCCUUUGCCGCACUGCUCCGCCAGCCUGGUGAAGGCGUCGCACAGUGUGGGCAGCGUGGUGAGAAAGACCUUGGCGCACAUGGCGCCGUAUGGCGUCAGGCUGCUGACGUUUCUGACGGUGACGGACUUUGUGCCUUGGGAUCUUACGGUCUCGCUGAGGAUCUCAUGUUUGAGCAAGUCAGCGGUGAACUGUGCGCCCGAGUAGGCGGAGACGUACGCACACGUGAACUCGUCGGCGAAGCUUGUGAGCCCCUCCACCAGGCCGUCCAGCACGGGACUCGAGGGCUUGGCGAAGCUCUCCGGCUUUAG